AUGGAUAAAUUUGUGAUAAAAAAUUCUUCCAAGCAAGCCACUAUGAAUAAAUUUCUAAAGAGAAAAUUGAUUGUGUCACAAGAUUCAUCUCCUAUCCAAGAAACUUAUGGUAGUGAUCAGAUAGAACUUGCUUCCAAGAAAAGUCAUAUUGACUUGGAAACUCUUCCCACAGAUCCUGGAUUACGUAAAAAAAUAUCAGAGUAUCAUCCUAAUGAUCAAGAUGAGAUUAGAAGGGCAUAUUUGCUAAAAGGCCCUUGUCAACCUCGUAGCCACAAAUUUCCACAAAGAGAUGUCGGUGUGGUUUUGCUUCGAUUUAAUCCAAAAUGGUUUAAAGAGUUUGGCAAUUGGUUAGAGUAUAGCAUAAAAAAAGAUGCUGCAUUUUGUUUGUGUUGUUACUUAUUUAAGGUCGACAUUGGAAAACAAGCCAGAGGUGACACUUCUGUUAUUGGAGGCUACACACCUUGGAAUAAAAAAGAAAGGCUAGCAAUUCAUGUUGGAGAUUAUAAGAGUGCUCAUAACCAAGCUUGGAAGAAGUGUAAAGAUUUAAUGAAGCAAAAACAACAUAUCCAAGAAGUUUUUCGUAAGAAAUCAAGUCAAGCUAAGAUUGACUAUCGGACUCGCUUAAAUGCAUCAGUUGACUGUGUAAGAUUCCUUUUACGCCAAGGGUUGGCUUUCCGUGGUCAUGAUGAAUCAGAGAAUUCAAGUAACAGAGGAAAUUUCCAAGAGAUUUUACAGUUUCUUGCUGAUCACAAUGAGAGCAUAAACAAGGUUGUCUUGCAAAAGGGUCCUAAAAAUAUGAAGUUAAUUACACCUGAGAUUCAAAAAGAUAUAGCAAAUUGUGCUGCAUGUGAAACUACCAAUGCCAUCAUUGAAGAGAUUGAAAAUCAGUUCUUUGCGAUUUUAGUUGAUGAGUCUAGUGAUGUAUCAACUAAAGAACAAAUGGCAGCAAUUGAAUCAUUGUUUUCUAAACUUGGUUUAAGUUUAUCAAGAAUACGUGGUCAAGGUUACGAUGGAACAAGUAAUAUGCAAGCUGUUGCAAAAAAUCACAUUGAUAUUGCUUCGCUUUUCAAUUUGGUUAGUAAUGUAUUGAAUGUUGUUGGAGCUUCUUGUAACCGUCGGGAUUUGCUUAGAGAGACACAAGCUACUAAAGUUGCAGAAUCAUUAAGCAAUGAUGAGAUUCAAAUGAUAAGUGUUCUUGAAGUUGUUGAAGAGGAUGGCUCAUACUCGGAGCAAAGAGCUAAUGCUCGUACUUUUAUAUGUGCAUUGGAAUCCUUUGAUUGUUCCUUUAAUCUACACCUGAUGAAAAAUGUCUUGUCAAUCGCAAAUGAAUUAUCUCAAGCUUUGCAAAGGAAGGAUCAAGACAUUAUAAAUGCUAUGUCACUAGUCAAAGUGUGCAAGCAACGAUUGCAAACAAUGCAAGAUGAAGGAUGA